AUGCAGCCGCGAUGCCGCGUAGCCAUCAUGGGAACGGCGGUGAAGCCAGCCCAAGCGUCGAUCAUCGUACUCUUUCAAGGGAGGACAGCGACAAUCGCUCUCCUCCUCACCCUCCUCCUCUACCUCCCCCUCUCAGCACCUCACCCCAUCAACCUCUCCACCCUCUCCGCAUCCUCCUCUCUCCCAUCUAUAGCCCACGCGCAUGCAUCCGUUUACCCCCGUGCACACGCUUCCCCCUUUGCAACCCAUGCCAUGCCUGUGCUGCUGUGUGCGCUGCUCUAUCUGCUCAACAUGGCAUUGGACGGUGUGGAUGGCGUCGUGGCUCGCCGCCUGCGCCAGGUGUCGGCGUUUGGUGCGAUCCUGGACGUUGCUGUCGAUAACGCACUGCGCACCGCCAUGUGGGCGGCUGCCGUGAACAGUGCCAUGCUGACCAUGAACAGUGUCAGGCUCGGCAUGAACAGUGCUGGUGGGAGUGUGUUAGGCAUAAACAGGAGGCAUUCCGGCAUUCUUAAAGCGGGGGGGGGUCGUGGGUCCAACGGCAAGGCACAGGUGGCGGAUGAGGAGGAGCAGGAUGACAAGGCAGAGGCAGUGGUUGGAGAAGCAGUUGCAGUAGUGGGAAAGGAGCAGCCGCGAGAGGGGUGGUGGAUUGACAGUGGGGCCAGCCACAACUUUACUCCUUAUGCAUCGGACUUCAAAAGUAAGCUUCAACCACCAGAGGUUCGGGGAGUUAGAUUGGGAGAUGGACGGGUGGUGAAAGCUGUUGGCAUGGGUGAGGUGCCAGUGGUUGGUGCUGGAGGUCAGCUGCUGAGGAUUCAAAAGGUCCACCUUGUGCCUGAGAUGCACACGCGUCUGCUGUCAGUCCCACACCUCACCUCUCGAGAUGUCAUUGUCACAUUCAAAGGCAAGAGAUGUGUCCUUCAACGGGGGGAGCGGGUGUUGGCGAUUGGAGAAAAGGAGAGGGGAAGGGACCAUGGAUUGGUGCGGAUGUUUCUUCCUCUUGCUCAGGGCACACAGGGCAGUGCUCUUGCAGCUAAGUCGUCCUCCUCAUUUUCCCCAUUGACCCUUGCCCAUCGCCGCCUUGGUCAUACCGCCCCCACAACAUUGCAACAGAUGGCUCGGGGGAACAGUGUACUAGGCUUUGAGAUUGGGGGGGGGAACACUGAUUGUUCCCCAUGUGAGCCCUGCUUAUUGGGAAAGUCGGCUCGGAAGCCGUUUCCCCAUGAGGCGUCUCGAGCACUUGGGCCUUUGGAUGAGGUCCACAUGGAUUUGUGGGGGCCGGUGCGCACACCAUCACUGGGAGGAGCGGUGUAUGUCCUCAGUCUCAUUGACGACUUCACCAAACGAGUUUGGUCGUUCCCCCUCCCCAACAAGGAAUCGGCCAUAGUUGCAAAAGUCCUUCGCCAGUGCCAUAAGGACGUGGAGUUGGAGUGUGGGCGGAAGCUGAAGGCUGUUCGCUCGGACAGGGGUGGCGAGUUCUUGGGGGAAGCUGUAAAAGCAUGGAAGGCGGAGUUUGGCAUUAAAACUCAAUUGAGCGUCGCAGAUACACCGCAACAGAAUGGGGUUGUGGAGAGGUGGCACAGGACGAUGGCAGAGGGGAUUCGCACAUUGUUGGUCGACAGUGGUCUCCCUGCUCGCUUGUGGGGUGAAGCAUUGAUGUGGGUCGUGUGGGUUAAGAACAGGGUCACCCACAGUGCUUUGCCUGCCUCCAUCACACCAAUGGAGGCGUGGUCCGGCCAGAAGCCGCAUGUGGGCAUGGCUCGGAUUUGGGGUUGCAUGGGGAGUGUCAUGUUGCAUGGGCAAGAGAAGGGUGGCAAGCUUGAUGCACGGGCUGUCAUGUGUGUCUGUGUUGGGGUGGACAUGGAGAGCAAGGGUUGGCGCUUGCUGGACCCUUCUAUCAUGCGCAUUCGCAUUGCUCGGGAUGUUGAUUUCCUUGAGAAUGUGAUGUGGAAGGAUUGGGACAAGGCAAAGGAAUUUGGGAAGCUUCUGCAGGAUGCAGCUGCAAUUUCCCAACUCCUCCCUCUUCCACUCUCGCCACCUUCAGCAACGGCUGACGACGUUGAGAUGCCACUUUCACCACUGCCACCGGCACCGCUGAGUGUGUCGGUGCAGCAGCAGCCCACCCCUCUGCAGCAGCUCAGUGGCCCCUCGGUCAUUCAGCGGAGAUCCGCUACACAGGCUACUUCCUCUUCCUCCUCCUCUAGUCAGCGCUCUAUCCCUCUCUCUACGGGUGCCCCUCCGUCACCAGCGACUACCUCCCCACCACCGGUUACGGGUUUGCAGGUGCUUGGUAUCCAGUCUGGUACAGGUGGUGAGGAGGUAGGGGGGGGUGCUGGUGUGGUUGAGGGCAUGCUAUGUUUGGCCAGGGAGGUGGAAGGUGUUGCACUGGCAGGUGUGAGCAUAGGUGAUGUCCCACGCACACUCGCUGAGGCCCUGCUUGGCCCUGAGGGCCCUGCGUGGCCCUGA